AAAGACUUCUCCACAGAAGCAGCAGCCAGGGUGACAGAAGGGGAAGAUGGCGGCGACAAUGUUGAGGUCGCUCUCCAGACUCGGACGUCCUUCAGUCAUAUUAAACAAUAAUGUCAGCACUCCAGCCUGUGCUGUGCUUCAGAAGAGGCUGAAGCAAUGGCAGCCAGAUGUGGAGUGGGCAGAGCAGUACUCUGGAGCUGUGAUGUAUCCCAGUGUCAUCACUGAGAAAUGGGCACCUCCACCUUGGAACGAUAAGGACCCACCAGCAGAGAAAGAGGUUUCCAACCUCACUAUCAACUUCGGGCCUCAGCACCCAGCGGCUCAUGGAGUGCUGCGUCUGGUGAUGGAGCUCAGCGGAGAGUCAGUGAAGAAAUGUGACCCUCACAUCGGCCUCCUGCACCGCGGCACUGAGAAACUGAUUGAGUACAAGACUUAUUUACAGGCACUUCCAUACUUCGACAGGCUUGACUAUGUGUCCAUGAUGUGUAAUGAGCAGGCAUAUUCUCUAGCUGUAGAAAAGCUUCUUAACAUUCAGGCUCCACCACGUGCACAGUGGAUUAGAGUGCUGUAUGGAGAGAUGACCCGUAUCCUUAACCACAUCAUGGGCAUCACCACCCACGCCCUUGACAUUGGAGCCAUGACCCCCUUCUUCUGGAUGUUUGAGGAGAGAGAGAAGAUGUUUGAGUUCUAUGAGAGAGUGUCUGGAGCCAGGAUGCACGCUGCAUACGUCAGACCCGGUGGAGUUCAUCAGGUACGCUUUGAUGAAGCCAUUGAGGAGAUGCUGACCAACAAUCGUAUCUGGAGGAACAGAACUGUUGAUAUCGGUGUAAUUGGGGCAGAGGAUGCACUCAAUUAUGGAUUCAGUGGAGUAAUGCUCAGAGGUUCUGGUAUUAAAUGGGAUCUGAGGAAGAGUCAACCAUACGACAAAUACGACGAGGUGGACUUUGACGUGGCCGUUGGAAGUAAUGGCGACUGCUAUGACAGGUAUCUGUGCCGAGUGGAGGAAAUGAGACAGUCGCUGCGCAUCAUGCUUCAGUGUCUCAACAAAAUGCCUGCUGGAGAGAUCAAGGUAGAUGAUGCUAAAAUAGCCCCACCCAAGAGAUCGGAGAUGAAGACGUCAAUGGAAUCUCUCAUUCAUCACUUUAAGCUGUACACUGAGGGCUACCAGGUUCCUCCAGGAGCCACAUAUACCGCUGUAGAGGCACCAAAGGGCGAGUUUGGUGUGUACCUGGUAUCUGACGGUUCCAGCAGACCUUACCGCUGCAAGAUCAAGGCACCUGGCUUUGCCCACUUGGCUGGUUUAGAUCAAAUGUCUAAAGGACACAUGCUUGCUGACGUGGUGGCAAUCAUCGGUACUCAGGACAUCGUGUUUGGUGAAGUGGACCGUUAAGGACACCAGUGUCUGAUCAUGAUUCUGUCUUUGAGAUCCAUUCUAGUGAUGUUAUGACAGAAGUUACUCUAAUUUCUCUAUUUAAAUGCUUAUGAAACCGAAUAAAUAUUUUAAAACCUGGAAAAA